AAAAAGGGGCAAAGGCGUGAGGAGGAAGGCGAGAAGGGAAGGGAAGGGAAAGAGCGAGGCGGAGAUGGCGAGAUCGCCCGUGUUGAUCUACUUGGGCGUGGUGCUCUUCGUCGUCCUCCUCCUCUCGUUCGCUCCGAGCCGCCCCAACCGCCUCCACCGCCGCCUCAAACUCCGCUCGGCCGCCCAUCUCUCCACACCGUCGGGCCUAGAUCGCCGCAGCAUUCCCUUCGAUCCCAUCAUCGCUGACAUCGAGCGCGUCCGCGAGGAUAGGGAGUGGGAAAAGAGCCACUACUUUCCGGAGGGCCACGCCCCCGCCAUGGAGUCCCAGCCCGAGUGGGAGGACUUCAUGAAUGCUGAGGAUUACAUCAACGACGAGGAGCGUUUCAAUGUCACUCAUCGCAUCGUGGAGCUGUUCCCCAAGAUUGACGUCGGCCGUGCUGACGGAUUCGUCACCGCCGAUGAGCUCACGGAGUGGAAUCUCAGACAAGUGGAGCAGGAGGUACUGCACAGGACGCAGCGGGACAUGGAGCUCCAUGACAAGAAUCAUGAUGGCUUAAUCUCUUUCACUGAGUAUGAGCCGCCCAGCUGGGCCUAUAGAUUGCAUGAUGACAACUCUACUGACAAUAAAGUGGGUUGGUGGAAAGAGGAACACUUCAAUGCUUCAGAUUGGAAUGGUGAUGGCCUUCUUAAUUUAACAGAGUUUAAUGAUUUCCUUCAUCCAGCAGAUGCUAGCAAUCCCAAGUUGAUCAGAUGGUUAGCUAAGGAAGAAAUUAGGGAAAGAGAUAAAGAUAAAGAUGGGAAACUUAAUUUUCAAGAGUAUUUUAAUGGCUUAUUCAACCUAAUAAGGAGAACUGAUGAUGUUCAUAAUUCCACAUUUAAAUCUGAGACCUCCUCAGAGAUGCCAGCUAAAAAUUUAUUCUCAGAGCUUGACCGUGACAAUGAUGGUUUCUUGUCUGAAGAUGAGCUUUUACCUGUUAUUGGUGAUAUACAUCCAUCAGAACGUUAUUAUGCAAAGCAACAAGCUGAUUAUGCUAUUACUGAGGCAGAUACUGAUAAAGAUGGGCGUUUAAGUUUGAAAGAGAUGAUCGAAAACCCCUAUGUAUUCUACAGUUCUAUUUUCACAGACGACGAUGAUUAUGACUUUCAUGAUGAGUUCCGUUAACCAGGAAGCUUUCCCUGGAUGACAAGCCUACAUUCGCCAGACCCAUAAGCUGUUACAUCUGAUUCGCAUGGUUAGACAUGAGCAAUGCGAUCGGACCCAGCUCAGUCCUAACUUUGCUCAGAUCCUCGACAGUUAGUAAGUUCAUUUGUUUGUUCUGUUCGGUUUCCGGUUCAUAUUCCCUUGGAUGCUCACAUGUAGAUUAGAUCACUAGAGGAUGAUAGGCAUUGGAAUUAGAAGCAUAAGUUGAUCACCAUCAACUAGUUACAACUUUAGUAUUGUGUUGCUUUAAUGUUAUCUCGUUGACCUUGAAUUGCCAUGUGUAAAUUGACUUUUCUAUAGUUUUAUUGAGUCAACUCAUAAGUUUUAAAGGA